AUGAACUUGCACUCGAUGCGCCGGAAUGGCUGGGCCUUUCUGGGAUCUGAAGGUGGGCAAGAAGUCGUGUCCAGCCGGAACCCGCUGAUCUUCUUCAUGCGCGGCCGUGGUCAGAGGUUGGUGAACAUGUUGACCUUCCUUCAGCCGACCAUCUUGAAGACAGUCGCCCAGCAGAUGUGGUCCUACCGCACCUCCUCCUUGUCCAUGGAGCAUUGGGAGCGUCCCGUUCCGACGUGUUUCCCCAUCACGAGCAUUUGCCCUGCGGGUGGCUACCGAAGACGCCAGAACUUGCAUCGCUGGGUCAAGACGAGGGUCCAUGCUGGAGAUCGAGUUCCUGACGCGUCGCUCCCGGGCGGCAUGCGUGUACAUCAAAUUCUCAAAAGAUCGCGGGGCUGGACGCUACUGCUCUUCGAAGGCGGAGAAGAGGAGAACCUCGACAUGGAGAAGCAUUUGGGGAACAAAGUGCUGAGUUUGUCGGAGCUUGAGGCGUUCGGGGCUGGCUUCAAAUCGACGUCCGACCCCACGAAUUUCGUCCCGAUGGUCGACGAGGUGAUCUGCUUUCCGGCCCAAGACGUCGAGGCGCAUCACAUCUUCGGAGUACAUGGCCAGUGCCUGUUCUUGGUCCGACCGGAUCAUCAUGUGGGCUUCCGAUGCGAGCCCUUGCGAAGAGGAGCCGUGUACCGCUACUUCCGCCUGGCGUGUGGCAUCAGCCACGGAAUGCCGGAGGAUGCCCCUGCCUCUUCGCGUGUGUUCGAUCCCCUGCCGGUGAUCGUAUGGACGCUGAUCCUGCUGCUCGUGAUUUUCCUCUUCCUUUGA